GCCGGACACUUCCUUUUUUUUUCUCUCCAUGGUACGCUUUCCUCUGUUGAGGACCCUCCUUCCCCGUGUAACUGCCCCAAUACUACCCGUAACUCGACUUCGUCCUCCAUCAAGAGUUGCCCGUCCCAUCUCAGGGUCCCGGCUCUUCUCUCAUUUUCCUGCGCGGCUCUCUUCUUCAUCUCCCCCGCCAACAAAUGACCGCUCUAAGCAACCCUUAUCUCAACGUUUGAAGCAUCUCAUAAAGUCUUAUGGCUGGUAUGCCCUCGGCGUAUACCUCAUUUUAUCAGCUCUCGACUUUGGCGUCGCUUUCGCCUCUAUCAAUCUUCUUGGAGCCCAGCAGGUGUCUGAGAUAGCCAGUUCAGUAAAACAAGCCGUAGCCAACGUCAUCCAUUCUAAGCCCCCGGAACCAGGCCGAGAUGAGGUGGAUCCAACUCGUAAUGCGGCACAGGGUGGGAAGGAAGGCUUAUAUGCUAUGCUCGUUUUGGCUUACACCAUUCACAAAACCCUUUUCCUUCCUGUUCGAGUCGGUUUAACCGCGGCACUCACGCCCCGUUUGGUUAAUUGGUUACGCGUCAGAGGUUGGGCCGGCGGCGAAGGUACAAGACGCGCCGCAGGGGAAAUGAGGGAGCGUUUGAGAAAGGCUAGAAAUAAAGACAAGGACACUCAUUAACCUCCAUUCCUACUACAUUCGAAAACACCUAAUGUACAUUCCAUUCUCAUAAUAGAAACCCAACUCAAAUCUUCAUAUGGCGGAAAAUCGAGCUUAGGUGUUGGUAGGGGGAGCUUCAUCGGCUGCAAGGUAUUUCAGCUCUACAAAAUCCGAAGUAUUGGGAGGAAAUCGUACCGUGUAGGAUACCUUCUUUGACCAGUUCCUCCGGCUUCGGACGUUGUUGCAAGGCAUGAUCGAGCUUGUCCUAUAUCGUUUGGUGUUGUAAAUUAGCGACUUCCAGUAUCGACUGAAGGAACCGUACUUCAAGCUGGGAUCGCUGGAGCUGUAUCUUCGCCUGCACGAGCCCAGGGGCGAUUCCUUGGUCUUCUACUACCCCGUCAUUGAGUGAAAAAAUAAUAGAUAGUCUGCGCACCUUUCAUGAUAUUUCGGUA